AUGAGUUCAAGUCCGUUUGAAGAUUUGUUGAGCUUCGCAAAAUCAUGGAACGUGGCCGUGGACAGCGACGAGUUCGCAGGACUCAUGGACGACAGUGACCCCUUAAAAUCCUUCCGGUCCAAGUUUUUUUACCCGAAAAUGCGGUGCAUGCCAAAAGUGGAUUUGAGCCUCGUGUGCCCUGAAGAUGAUGCGGUGUACUUAUGCGGAAACUCCCUCGGACUUCAGCCAAAGAACACUGAAACCAUUGUCAAUCGAGAGUUGAGGAAAUGGGCUGAAAGCGCAGAGGGUGGGCGGUCCUCAGGAGAAUUGCCGUGGGAACAAUGUGACAAAUUAGCCGUCGAAGGAAACGCGGUUUUGGUUGGUGCUGAGAAAGACGAAAUAGUGGUUAUGAAUUCUCUUUCCGUCAAUCUUCAUUGUUUACUGGGAGUCAACGCUCAUGAUCUGUACAUUUAA